UUUCAUUACUCAGUUCAUGGGUCAUAUGGAGCGUGUGUCAUGUAUAUUAAACUCAGACAUAUCAUCAACGCACGAGUUUACCAUAGAUUGGUAGCUCAUACAGAACGGAAAGAAUUUGAUGACAAAAAUAAUCAAAACGUGAUAUGAUCAGUAGAGGCAGCCAAGUAAAUUGAAAUUAAUAUUAUGUUGCCUAACGGUUGUCUGAAGAGAACUACUCUACAACAACUGUUGAUUUAGGAAAUAACGCAAUAUGCAUAUUUUAAUGUUUUUAUGCAGCAGAAUAGGAAUUAUCUUGUCACUUUCUUCAAUGGUACGAGGAAUUGAAUAUAAUGUUUGUGAUGAUUUUAUGACUCGUGUGAUCGGAAAUCAAGGCUUGAUAGAAUAUGAAGCGACGUCUUCAGUGAAUCUACAAUGUAAAUGGGUCAUCAAAGUUCCUAAUCCAGGAAGAGUAAAGUUGGUAUUAACGAAAAUAAGCAUUGCAGCAACAGAUGUAAAACCAGGAGAAUGUUCAAUGCAGAAUCAAUCAUUGGAUAUAAUUAAGAAACGAGGAACGAACAUUUCGACACAAUCUGUCUGUGGCCAUUCAGUAGAAAAUAAACCAAAUCAUACUUUCAAUUUUACUCAUUAUGACGCGGAAGAAAUUGAAAUUAAGCUCAACUCCUCAUCCGAUGGCUUGAAUACAAAACUUGGUUUUGGACUGGAAUACUUUGUUUCCUGCGAUCAGAUUCUCAGAGGAAAGCGAGGUCAAUUUCAAUCUGUAAACUAUGGUAAAGAAAAUAUACCAGGACUCGAGUGCGCCACAAGUUUCGAGGUUGAUCCAGGAAGCCUCGUGGAAAUAUACUUUUCAGAAAUUGACGUCAAAUCAACAGAUUCCUCCUGUCAACAAAAUUACGUAGAGAUAAUUCAUGACGGAAAAUCAGAGAGAAUUUGUAACAAAAAGCUUCCAUCAGGAAAAUAUUUAAUUAACGCGUUGACGGAUGUAAUCAAGUUUGUCACUGAUGAUAGUACAGAUGAAAAGGGGGAAGGAUUUGUGGCAAGUUGGGUUACAGUUCCAAAUCCAGAUGCUCCAUCAUCAACCGAAAAGUCCAAAGAUAUGACCUGGAUAGGCCUACUCAUGUUCGGUAUUUUUACAUUGGCAACAAUUUUUUUCGUGAUGUUCUGGGCAAGAAGAAACCAAGUACAGAUACCACGUACGCCAGACAGUCAAAUUUCCGGAAAUUCAGUUUUCAAGUUUGAUGAUGAAUAUAUACGAGGAUCAAUAAGAAGAUGUAAUAGUGAAGGCUCUUCGGUAAGAGCUAGUGUUCGCGGCCGUAUUUCAAAACGGAAUAAUACCAAAUGGAACAUAAAUGAAUCGGCGGUUGCGAGGAAGCGUGCGUCAAAUGCUUGUAACCGACAACUUAGCGACAGACAUUCCACCCCUGUACAUAAGCAAAACAUAUUCAUUCCAGUUGAUAGAUCGAUGUCAGCAGAAGAAGGUUACUCUGGAGGGAUCUCAAUGUCACCUCCACCAAAUUAUGAUUCGUACUUUGGUUUCUACUCAACACGUAGAGCGAGAGUAGUCCCAUCGCCAUGUCUCCCACCUCGUUCUGCUGGAUUUAGUGAUGAGGGAAUAGAUUCGCCAAACUUCAACUACGAUAGAGUGAACUUUACCUCAAGGCCCAACUCUACGGUAUUUGACAGUCAAAGAAUGUGGAGAUCUACAGAUAGUAUACCCGAUCGAUGGAAACCUAAGCAGACUGAGGACGCUAGAUCCAGAAUAGAAGGCAAAGUGAACGAUGGUUACGAAGUUGCUACAACGUCUCCGAACAAGGUAAAAGAAAAUGAGACUAAAAUCGAGCAACCACAUAUUAGUAACAAAGUGGAAUUUGACACAAAUCCUUCGCUGACCACCGGUGAAGUAGACUCAGAGCACAAACAAAUGAAUGGGGAAGAUUCAAAUCGAAUUUCGCGACAACUUGGACUUGAUAAUUUGAUAGAAGUCAAAGAAAACACAGAUGUUGAAUAUAGCGAGAAGUGAUUCCAGUUUUGUAGACAAUCCAGAUCAGAGAAUAUAAAUGACAUCACUCAUGAAAUUGUAAUUUCAGUUCAUAAAUAACUUGUAUAUAUAUAUCUUAUAACUAAAAAAAAAUAGAGCUAUUCCAAAUCUCAUUCAUUACUGCAGCAUCAUGGAUGUCUAGAACUACAGUUGAUAGCUAUCCUAGUAUGACUAGAAAAAUAGUAUAUGCUUUAUAUUAUUUGACAGUAAGACACUGGAUUUUUUUGCAAAGGUUCGAUAUAAAUAUGCAUAUCACGCCAAGAGCAUUCGUUUUGUUAUGCAAAUAGAAUUAUUACAAGUUAUUGAUGAAACGUCUAUCUUUUGCAAUGCCUUCUUUUAUUUAUAUUUGUUAUCAAUUUUUUUUUUGUACAAAAUACUCCUCAUGCAGCUAAUACAGGGUCGGCCAACCUUUUUGAUCGAAGGGCCACAUGUAGUUCACUAAUAAUUGCGUGGGUCACUUAACAUGGUAGUUAUGUUCUGGUUUUGCUACACUGACUACAGGUUAAUUAACAAACAAACAAUCACCUCACACCAAACUUUCACAAUUAUGAGAAUACUGUAAUGAAACUGUUGUUUCCCAACCAUUGAUGGCGCGCAAUCAGUGGUUAUUCCCGAAAGUUUCGCCAAAGACAAGCUAAGACGCUUGAUCAUUUUCAUCAGAGCUCCCAACAAAUCAAUGCCUCCAGUCGUACCCUAAAUAGGGACAAUGGCUGCGAGCUCUUCGGUAAUUUCAAAUCAUUAUUAACUCCCCGCAAGAAGAUCGCCAAGUUGCCAACUGAGCAGUAAACUUGUUGUCAGUGCUUUCGCCAAGGAAUACGGUGAAAAUUUACCCGCUUGUGCAAUUAAAGUUUCCGCUAUAGAUUUCCCAGGCUCUUCAACACGAGUUAUGGUCUGUCUUGACAGGCUAUUUUUGCAAAAACCUCUUAUUUCCGGACGUAAGACAUUGGCAACCCGAACAAUGCAU